AUGCCUCCCCCACAGCCCCCAGAAGGUGAGGCAGUCAUUUCAACUCUUUUCAAACUCCGUCUAAAAAAUCCUGUCUCCACAGAAAAGAUUUUCUUUUUAAGUAUCCGAACUCAAAAAUGCCCAUUUGACUUACAUCAGGGGACUGUACAGGGUGGCAAGAACAUUCGCGUCAUUGGACACUCGCUAGGCGGUCAUACGGCAGGAAUUACGGGGAAAAAGUUUUUCGAAAAGUAUAAACUAGAAAAAAUUUCAAGAAUUGAUGCUAUUGACCCAGCCGGACCAAAUUUUGACCACUCCCCCUCAGAAUUCCAACUCACAGAAUUUAACGGAGAUUUCGUCCAAGUCAUGCACUGCAACACGGGUUUAUUGGGGUCAAAAAUGAACAGAGGACAUGCCGAUUUCUAUCCCAAUGGAGGCGACAAUCUCCCCGGAUGUGAACCACCUAACGGUACCCGACGCCGACGGUCGCUCACCAGCAAUGCCGAGAAACAUAUUUGCAAUCAUCUCCGCUGUAUUGAUCUGUACAUCGAAAUGUUACAAGAGGAACAAGUCGGAUGUAAAUGUGCCAGUUGGAAGAAAUUCUUGGAUAAUCAGUGCGACUGCGCGACAUCAACGGAUAAGCCGAGGAUGGGAUAUUUCUGUCCAGAGACUGCGAAAGGAACUUACUACCUGAAUGUCACGAUGAAUUCCAAAUUUGACUAUGGGAACACAACAGCACCGAAAGAAAGGGAGGACGCUACUUCCAAAUUAAUCGGAGGAAUGCAGGAAACGUCCAGCCAACUUUUAACCUCGAUCAGUGAAAUGACCAAAGGAGUAGAACCUCCAACCAAUGAUCCAGCCCAUGAACCAAUUACGGCCACGACACCAAAACCAGAAAAUGUUACAACUACGUAAAAAAAAUUAUCAAAUUCUAGAAACAUUUAUUGACCGUGAAGAAAUAAAUUAUUAAUGAA